AAAACAUAUCUGGACUAAGGUAGAUUAACCCGUCUGUGUUUAUGUUGUUAACCACUUUCUGUUUGCUAUUUAUUUAUUUAUAUCCACAAGAAAUGAAUCAAUUAACGUCCCGAUUUAAGUAUAGUAAAGGCUUCAAUAAGAAAUAUCAAUAAAUACUCAAAUAGAUAUAAACGUAAUAAGCUAUAUAUCGAUUUAAAUUGGUGGCGUUCGAUACUAACGUGCUGAAUUAAACAUAAACAACUCGGACCAUUCUCAAGGCGUCGGAACCGUAGCCGCAGGCGUUGCUGCCACCGCCCCAAUAUGUUGGAGAGUAGCUGUCCGGCAAGAAUUUGAUUAGCAGUAAACGAUGGAGAAAACCCAAUACAAUAGCGCUUCCUCAAGGUCUAAAGUCAGGCACAAGAAGGUCAGUGGAAUGAAAGAUGAAGUCAAUGUCAUGAGAGAAGUCGUCACUGUCAUGGGAAAAAAGACAGAGGUCGUGGGAGAAGAGGUCAAAGAUUUGGAAGAAGUCAGUGUCAUAUAUAAAUUUUGUGACAUUCAAGACUCAAUGGUGUCUGCUUGGAAUGUAGCGUUUAAGCAGUACAUACCCGAAUGUGUGCAGGUAUACCAUGGAGAUAUUUUCAAAGACGGACCCGCUGCCGAUGCCAUUGUUUCUCCCGCCAACAGCUUUGGAUUUAUGGAUGGUGGUAUAGACAUGGCGUAUUCUCUACACUUCGGAUGGCAGAUGCAAAAACGCUUACAGGAGAAAAUAAGAUCCGAAUUUGAUGGCGAAGUUUUGGUGGGCCAGGCGGCCAUUAUCACAAGCGUUGAAAACAACAGCGACGUUGUUUGGUCACAGUUCAACGAAGGUCAGCCAAUCAGAUACCUGAUAUCUGCGCCUACCAUGCGGGUACCUUUGGACGUAUCGGACACACCUAACGCAUACUUGGCUUUUCGAGCAGUCAUUUUAGCAGUACAAAAAUUCAACCGUACAGCGCCCAAACCCAUUCGGUCAGUGUUGUGCCCGGGACUGGGGACCGCAAUCGGGUUGAUGCCACAUGACCGCUGUGCUCAUCAGAUGCUACGUGCCUUUGAGACGUUCUACGUCGGAAAGCAGACCGAUAUUCUGAGACCACGUGCUCUUGUGAUUGCAAACAGACAUCAUUGGAACUUGACUCAGUUUGUUUCUGUUGAAAUCAAAGGAGAGCGUGCUAAAGACAAAUCAUUCGUGAAGAAAUUAAGCACAAACAAAUUAUUGAUUGGAGUACUAUUUUUUACAUUCAUAGCUUUAAUGCUACAUUACUUGUGUUACGAGUAAUUGACUGUUGUUUGCUCACACAUUUGUUAGAUGCACGACGAUGCGAGUAUGUUUAGUGAUUAUUAUCAUUAAUGUUUAGUUCUGCGUGUUAUGUUCUGUGUCGUGAAAUACUAGAUGAUAAAACGAGUCUGUCCUUUUU